AGGUUUGCCACACAGCCCGACAUACGCUCCCGCGGGCCCGUGUAUUGCGCCCAGGGAAAGGCGGCGUUGAAGGACGACCUUGAGCAUAUCUGCAUCGAGAACAUCCAAGCGUGUAUUCUGGUGGGAAACAACUCUAUGGGCGAUUGUCAUGCAGAUGUUGAGUCGUUAUACUUUGCACUUGCCAAUCGCAUGGCUCAGAUGCUCAAUCUCGGCGUUUGCAACGAGUCUGAUGAUGGAAUCACGCGCGAAACAAAACGCCGCAUAUUCUGGACUUGUUUCAUCACCGAUACCUGGGCCAGCGGUGGUUCAAACCUGUCGCGCCAGUUUGGAUGGCAGGCCAAGCAGCCCCGGGUGCCCAUGGACGAAUAUGUCUUCUCCAUGAUGAUACCAGGAGACCCAGAUAUCGAUGAUUUGGAAUGGAGGCCUGGCCUAUGGGGGCACAUGGUGAGACUGGUCAAGAUAUACACCCAGAUACAACAACUUCACAUGGAGCUCGCCGAGACAGACACGUGGGACGAGACACUAAUGGAUGAGUCAGUUCGACGCCUCGAAAGCGAUCUCGACGCCUUUGAGCAGAACCUGGACCCCGGGUUGACAUUCUCCAUGGAAAACCUGGCAGUGUUUGUAAGCCGGGGCCUCGGCAGCGUCUUUAUUGCUUUCCAUCUAGGCUAUCAUCACUACUACACGCUGCUCUUCUACCAGUACCUCGACCAGCGUCGGCCUUCCACGAGGAACGGCAAGAAAUAUGCAGAUGGCUGCAAAGCUCACGCGGCCAUUAUAUGUGAUGUGCUCAAAGCCUCGCGAGAGGUUCCCGGAGCCCCAGCACUGUACAACAUUGUAGGCCAUGUCACGAUUGUGUCAUCUUCGGUGCUGCUACACACGUAUCUGUUCGGCGAGCCUCAUGAGCUCGAAGAUUCCAAGAGUCGCCUCGAAUCGAACCUCAAGUCACUAGUACAACUACGAAGCUACUGGCCGAGCGUGGAACUUAUGAUAAAUCGACUGGUGGUGUUCCAGAAGAAUUGCAUAAGAUCUCUCAGCAGAAACACCCACCGGUUUGACAAAUGGAUGGUCAAGUUCCUCAUUGCACAUUCUUUGGCACUUGAGGACAAGGCGGAUGAUACAUGGCCUGAUUCUGAUGCGAGCCAACUUGGAAAUGUUCACUUUGAAAGGAGCCGCGUUACCGAGUCCAUGAUGAUGGAUAUACAAAACUCGGAAACCUUUGGAGGAACUACAGGGUAA